CGCCCUGAGGUGACAGCCGUUGUGCGACGUCUUGGGGAAGCCAUGGGGCGGCAAUGGGGACCCUCCAUGAGAGUGGCGGAGCAGGCGGGCUGCGUGGUGAGCGCCUCGCGGGCAGGACAGCCCGACGCGGGCUCGUGGAGCUGCAGCGGGGUGAUCCUGAGCCGCAGCCCAGGCCUAGUGCUGUGCCACGGGGGCAUCUUCACCCCUUUCCUGAGGACGGGCAGCGCGGCGCUGACCCAGGCGGGCGCCGCCUUCCUGCCGGGCGACAGUUGCAGCGAUGACCUGCGCCUCCACGUGCAGUGGGGACCCACGGCUGCCAGCCCCGCCGGCCGCGCGGACCAGGAACUCCCGGGGCUGUGCACCCCUCAGUGCGCAAGCCUGGGCCUCGAACCCGGUACCCCGAGCCGGGCCCGCGCGCGGCCUCUGCAGCCCCCGCGGCCGGCGCGGCUGCUCUUGCUGCUCAGCUGCCCGGCCUUCCGCUCGCACUUCGCGCGGCUCUUCGGGGCCGAAGCGGCCGAUCAAUGGCACUUCGUGAGCUCGGCGCCCGACGACGUGGUGUCGGAGGAGGAGGAGGAGGACCAGCUGCGCGCGCUCGGCUGGUUCGCCCUGCUGCGGGUGCAGCGGGGCGCGGCGGCGGAAGAGAGGCGCGGGCCGGCGGUGACCGUGGCACCGCUCGGGGUCGUGACCAAGGGCGCCCCGCUGCUGGCUUGCGGCUCUCCGUUCGGUGCCUUCUGUCCAGACAUCUUCCUCAACACGCUGAGCCGCGGCGUGCUCAGCAACGCGGCGGGGCCGCUGCUGCUCACCGACGCGCGCUGCCUUCCCGGCACGGAAGGCGGCGGAGUGUUCGCGGCUCGACCUGCCGGCGCGCUGGUGGCUCUGGUGGCCGCGCCGCUCUGCUGGAAGGCCCGCGAGUGGGUGGGCCUCACGUUGCUGUGCGCCGCCGCCCCGCUGCUUCAGGUUGCCCGCUGGGCGCUCGCCCGUCUGCAUCCGGGCUCCGCCUCUCUGUCGUUGCUGCUGCCACCGGAGGUGGGCGUGCCCCGGGGCCCGCCCCUGCGAGAUCUCGGACCCCCGUGGGCGGCCGCGGCGGUGCUGGUGGAGUGUGGUACCGUGUGGGGCUCCGGAGUGGCCGUGGCGCCUCGCCUGGUGGUGACCUGCCGUCAUGUGGCAUCCCGGGAAGCAGCCAGGGUCUUGGUACACUCGGCCACACCCAAGAAUGUGGCAAUCUGGGGACGAGUGGUGUUUGCCACUCAGGAGACCUCUCCGUAUGACAUAGCAGUGGUGAGCCUGGAGGAGGACCUGAAUGGUGUCCCCACUCCUGUCCCUGCUGAGCACUUCCAUGAAGGUGAGCCUGUCAGCGUGGUGGGCUUUGGUGUCUUUGGCCAGGCCUGUGGGCCCUCGGUGACCUCAGGCAUCCUGUCAGCCGUGGUGCAUGUGGAUGACACCCCAGUGAUGCUACAGACCACGUGUGCCGUGCAUGGCGGCUCUAGCGGAGGACCUCUCUUCUCCACACGCUCGGGGGAUCUCCUGGGCAUCGUUGCCAGCAACACUCGGGACAAUAACACAGGGGCCACCUACCCACACCUGAACUUCAGUAUUCCCAUCACGGUGCUCCAGCCAGCCCUGAAGCAGUACAGUCAGACCGGUGACCUGUGUGGCCUCCGGGAGCUGGACCUGGCCACCGAGCCUGUCAGGGUGGUGUGGCGCCUGCAGCGGCCCCUUCCUGAAGCCCCACGGAGCAAGCUCUGAGACUGUGCCUCCCUGGGAGAAAGUAGGCCACUUUAUGGCCAUGGGAAGUGUGUUGGCAUGGCAACUUUGACAUGCCCAAGCCACCUCCUCAUCUUCACCCACUGGCUGUCCGUGAGCAAACUUGUGUGCAACUCUGUGGGUUCCUGAUCUACUUUGGGGUGCUUUCUUGAGCCUGUCUCAUUUGUUUUCCAGAAUUAGGUUCAGCAAUGCCAUUGUUCCUUUUGGGGGUUCCAGUUCUUUGGGCAGGUACUGGUUUGGCAUCUCCCUGCCUGAUAGCCCGUGGCCACCCGAAGUGGCUACAGCCGGGGCUCUUGCCUGAUACUCGGUACUCUGAGGACUCUGCUUGGAAGCCCAGAGUCCUAGUGGUCAGUAAUAGGAGUGUCUUCCUAUUGCCACAGCGACACAGACAAAUCCCUGAGAGCCACCUGGGCCUUAACUCUGACACAGUGCCUUCACUUUUUAGCCCAGAGCCGGGGACUUGAGGACCUGUAGGUGGUGUGUGAAGUCGGAGCUGAGGAAUAAACAAUCUGAAUGGUC